AUGACCUCAGACGAAUUCAUACAGCAGCUUACCGUUCCAAUGAGGCCAAUGAGCGGAUCUUUGAUAAAGGAGGGAAGGUUGCGUGUAAUAGCCGUCAUAGUAGGGGGUCAAGUUUGCAGGAGACAAUCAAAAUUGACGCUCCCAAGAAAAAGGUUGUUAAGCUUUCCAAUGAAGGAAUCAUCUACUAGAUCCAUCUCACUUGAAUGUAGAGACAAUUCGCUGUCCAAACCAGACAUUUUGACCCAGGAGGACAGGAGCUCAAUCUCUUUAUUUCCUGAAGAAGAUGUUCGCUUUGCCCAAUAUGAACUCGCGAGGGGAACCAACAUGGUAGACUUCACGCUCGAUCUGUUCCAACAAUUGUAUCCAGAUGAAGAUCCUCCCCCAGAGUUCGCCAAGAAAAGAGACGAUGCCGUACAAACAAAUCAAAGACUACAAUCAGAAGCACAAGUCGUACUAGAUGUAAUUGAACGAGAAGAAGUUGCACAAGCUCUUCGGCAGGACAAGAUGCAAAAUCUACACUAUCUCCGGGAACAUUAUAAU